AUCAUGAUCUACUGCCAUGCCAACAGCGAGGACCUGGGGAGCAUCUACGCGUGUGCUCAGUGGAUCAGCCACAUGCUGGGAGUGCAUGUCUUGGUACCGGAGUAUCCGGGCUACGGGCUCUGCCAAGGGAAUCCCUGCGAGUCUAGUGUGAACACAGCCGUGUUGACGGCUUGCAAGUGGGUGAGGGAUGUGCUUUGCUGGGAUCUGGACCAUAUCGUGGUCUAUGGGAGAUCGAUCGGAACGGGCCCAGCCAUCAACGCUGCUCGGCUCGGCCUGGUGGGUGGAGUGAUAUUAGUCUCUCCCUACACCUCCAUCCGAGACAUCGUUGAGGAGCAUGUCGGGGCUGUGUUUUCUUGGUUAACAGCGGGGUCAUCAGAUUGGCCCAGCGUAGAGAUGAUGAAAGAGGUGAAGUGCCCUGUUCUCCUGAUCCAUGGAACAACGGAUGAAAUCAUACCUGCGUCCCACUCCAAAGAACUCCACAGGUUUGAUCUCGGGAGCUGCUCGUUCCGUUGCUCUCCAUGUCCUGAUCUCUCUCCCCUCAGCGUCUGCAACUCGAGGAAGAGGCUCAUCCUCCUCGAGAAGGUAGUGUUCCGUGCCUUGCCGCACUCCCCUUAA